CCCCGGAUGUUAGCUAUUCAGAGAGAAAAACGAAAAGAGCGAGAGAGAGGCGGAGAGGCUAGGAGACGCUACGGACAAACCGGUAAAGGGAUUGCGGGUCUCAAACCCACGAUAAACACGGAGAGCUGAGGCUCGUUUCGGGGAGAGAGAGGGAGCUGUGAUCGAAAAAAGGAAGGGGAGGGGACGGCUAACUUUGACAGACCUGCACUGGCCUCCAGUAGCGGACACGAGCCCGGGUUUUGUUUUUGAGUUACGCCGACAAAAACAGUGAUCUGUGGGAGCCCCCCUGCAUUUUCGCCGCACCGGAUCGUCACCCCUCCUUCACCGCCACCAUUGCCGCCACUCGACCUGCCACCAUGACGUCGGAGCUGGAGAGCAGCUUGACCUCCAUGGACUGGCUGCCACAGCUGACCAUGCGGGCGGCCAUUCAGAAAGCAGAUGCCCAGAACACUCACGGGCCGGGCAUGGCUAAGAAGAGUGCUCUACUGGACCCCAACACCACACUGGACCAGGAAGAGGUGCAGCAGCACAAGGAUGGCAAACCACCAUACAGCUAUGCCAGCCUCAUCACGUUCGCCAUCAACAGCUCACCAAAGAAGAAAAUGACACUGAGCGAGAUCUACCAGUGGAUCUGUGACAAUUUCCCAUAUUACAGGGAAGCCGGCAGCGGGUGGAAGAACUCAAUACGGCACAAUCUCUCAUUGAACAAGUGUUUUCUCAAAGUGCCUCGCUCCAAAGAUGACCCGGGAAAGGGUUCGUACUGGGCAAUCGACACAAAUCCAAAGGAGGACACGCUGCCCACACGUCCCAAGAAGAGGCCACGGUCUGGAGAGCGGGCGUCCACGCCGUACAGCCUGGAAUCAGAUAACUUGGGAAUGGACUGCAUCAUCUCUGGAAGUGCCUCUCCAACGCUGGCAAUCAACACUGUGACUAACAAGGUGGCAUUGUACAACCCUGACCAGGAUGGGAGUGACAGCCCUCGAAGCAGCCUUAACAAUAGCCUAUCUGACCAGAGUCUGGCCUCUGUUAAUCUCAACAGUGUGGGCAGCGUGCACAGCUACACACCGGUGACAAGUCAUCCAGAGUCGGUGUGCCAGUCCAUGAGCUUGCAGCAGGCACCUCAGGCCCAGUACAACAUACCGGAGCGUGACAAGCAGCUGCUCUUCUCUGACUUUGAAGAUCUCAGUGCCUCCUUCCGCAGCCUUUACAAGACUGUGUUUGAGCAGUCCUGCGAACAUCCAGGUCUGAUGGGAAUGCCCUCGGAGUCGUCACAGCAGACCCACACCUCCUGCUCUUACCAACACUCCCCCAGCAGCACCAUCAGCACCCACCCUCACAACAACCAGAACAGCAUCACUAACUCUCACCCCAACAACAUCCCCAACAACGGUAGCCAGGUGCCUCUCUCCCACCCCCCUCACUCGGCCCACAACUCGCCCCAUGGACAGCACCUUUCCCAGCAUGGCCCUCUCGCCCAGCACAGCCAGCACCCACACACGGCACACAGCCAGCACAGCCAACAUCCCCAGCACAGCCAGCACGGGCAGCAUCCCUCCCAGCACCAGGCCCACGGCCAACACACACCGCAGCAACAGCAGCAGCAGCAGCAGCACCAGAAUCUCUCCCACCAGCCUCAUCCUGGCCAGCAACAGAUGCAGUGCAACACCGGUCUUCCCAGUGACUGGUACCCCAACCUGGAUGCGCUAAAAGAAAGCUGCCGCAUCGCCAGCAGCUACAACUGGGCUGAUGUUGAUCUGUCACCCUUCCAAGGUCUGAAAGAGAGCAUGAGGCAGGCGGAGCUGAAUAACUGGUCUCUCGAACCCACUCAGAUAGCAGACCUCUGCUCCUCCAUCAAUCAGUUCUUUGCUCGCACUGGAAUCCAGCCACAAGGGGCAGUGCAGCCUCCAGUGUGCCAUGGCUCCAUGCAUCCAAACAAGCCCAGCCCACACAUCAACACAGGAAACAUGUACAUGGACUCGAGACAGAGCUUAAGCUCUAUGAUGGGUCCGCCGGGAUAUCCUCAUAUGCCGCCCAUGAGCAGCGCUGGCCCCACUAUGACAGGCCAUCACGCUCAGAUGAACCAGCAGCAUAUGAUGCCUGCUGGAAACUUCCAGAUACGCCGCAUGCCCGCCGACGACAUCCAGGACGACUUCGACUGGGACUCCAUUGUCUAACCCAGUCCCCGAGUGCAAAGAGUGGUGCAGACAAACGAGAGAGGAGCGUAUGGAGGCAGAGUGUUUGUGUUACAGUGCAAGAGGGCUGGACCUGAGGUAUCUGCAUGCCCGUGACAGAAGGCAGAUUGGAAUGAGACACUUGAAAAAUAGUGCAGGUGUUGUUCAUUAUGACAUGAAAGAGACUCCUGUGUUCCUGGUGUUUUUAUGAAAAGAAAAAAAAAGAAAAAAAAAAAUUUAUUUUGAGGAAAUUAAAUUUUAAAGGGAAUUUUUUAGUUGAUCGCUUUUAUACUUGUCCAAGGGGCAAGUGGUUCAUGUUUAUAUCAAAAUGUUUCCCAACCCACAGCCUCUCUGCAAACCCGCCAAGCUCGCCCCUGCUCUUCAACUGUUGUUCAGUGAUUUUUCGAGUGAUUACGUCCAGCUUGUUCUCCCCUCUCAUGGUGACUAACUCAGGCCUUGACCGCCUAUCAGACAAGAUUGGCUCCCUCAUUUGUGUUGUGAAACGUCCUCUGAGAUGCCGGGCGCUUUUCAGAAGAGGGCCAGUGGUGCAGGUAAUGUGACACUCGGAGCACCUGCCAUUCUUCUCUCUGGUCGUUCAGGCACAAGUAGCCCUUUUUUUGCUCCUCCGACCCUACACACUGUAAAAUGCUGAAGUCGCCAUGCAUCCGAAUCCGAUUCCAGCAGAUUUUACUGAUCGUUAAGGCUCAUAACGAAACGUGUAAACCACAUUACCUGCAGUAUUUGUACUUGUGUAUCUUGUGUUAUGUUUUGUCACUAAUAGUUUUAGGCAAGUCUGAAUGUGUGCAGCAGAAAAUGAUAUCUAUCCAGACCUCACUAUUCCUCAUCGCUUUAAGUUUGCAUGCACAAUCCUCAUUCUGUUGACCAUCAUAGUCUCCCGAUCGAACAGUUCAUUUAAAGCCCUUAGGACCUGCCACUGAAAAUUUCCCGCAUUGUUUAGGAGUGAUCGCCUCCCUGACUGGAGGUUUGUGGGAUACCGGAGAGCCCUGUUCACCUUGCGAAAUCAGCCUGCUGUUUGGCUCUUUACAGCAGGUCAAGGCACAUUUGCUUAAUGGUCCACAAUAAAAGAGCCCUCUUUAUUUUAACGCUAGGACCAACCGAUAUGAAAUUGCUUGCUCUUUGCUGCACUGACAAGGACUUUUAGCAGCGAGCGUACCUUCACUUUAGCUGUUGCUUUUGAAUGCUGGGUGUAGUGUAAUAGUGAGAGAAAGGAGAUGACUAAAAUAUUUAGAUACACUAAUAGCCUUAUUUUGGAGGAAUGUUAACUGCUACUAAGAAGUGGUGCAAAGUUUAAAAUCACACACAUUCAGACUGUCCUUCAAAAAAUAAACGAUUGCAGGAACUAGACAGUAACUGCAUCCUGCUCUAUCAAGCGUAGCCUACCCUAAAGCAACUGUCACUGUAAUUAGCAUCCUACAGUCUAUAUUUUGAGAAGUUUAGUUGAAAGUGUCUGCUAUGUUAACAAACCACAGUGUCAUUUUAUUAUAUCAGCGAUUUUAUGGAAUGUGUUUGUGCAAUAUAAUUAAUUUAGGGCUAUCAGUGAUUACAAUCAUCUCUUUUGAAGAGCACAAAACUAAUGCACAAGAUCUGGAUUAGAAUAGCGGAACCCAAAUUAGAAAUAGGUCCAUGCUUUUGACCUUUAGCAGGGUACUUCUCGGUGAGAAGCAGCACUUCUGUUAGACCACAUUCUAGAGUGCAGUGCUGAUUUAGAAAAGCCAUAAAAUGCGGUUGAAAAGGGAAGGAGUGGAUCAAAGUGUAAGUGCUAAUAGACUUGGAAAAGUAAAAUGAUCUUAUGACAGUCUUUGUUUUUAUUUUUGAGAUUUCAGUAUUAUAAACUCUCAAACAACGUAUUUACACUAGAUAUUGACAUGUUUUGGCCUUUGAUCCCUAAGGCCAUUGAUGUCGUAAACCAAACCUUUAACAGUUUGUCAUAUGUCCUUCAUGAAAACACACAUUUAAACCUCAAACUCAGAAAGGAAAAAGAAACUAUGGUUUACAUAAAGAAUAUUUUUAGGACCAUUCAGAUUUGGAGUUCUGACAUUUAUCAUCAUGACAAGUACAUCUCCCAUCUAAAAUUCUCAUUACUGUACUCUGUUCAGACAUUUCUUUUUCUUUUUGUAAUUCCCAUUGUUCUCAGCAAUGAUUCAUUAGUCAUAUUCUCAUUACUGUAAUACAGUAUUUUUAUUAUUUCAUGAAAAAAUCUGAAUAAUUAAAUUUAUCUUAAAGGCAGUAUAAUACUGCUAAAAAUAAAAUACUGUUUUAUCUAGCUUUUUUUCUAUACAUUACUAGGAAUUACAUUUUUAAAGUCUCUAUUGUAAAAUAAAACAACAGUAUACUUGAAUUGAAAAAAUCUUAAUGGUCUUAAAAAUGAGUUUCUUUGAGCAAAAUGUUUCUAUACUUCCGCCUUUUUAUUUGGGUUUAAAUGUGACAGGUUUUGAGAGAUUCACCCUAAAACGAUUCUGAUUGUUUCAGGAACCCAGUCAAACUUUCUUGGUUUUCAUCUUCAUCAUUACAUAAGCAGUUGUCAGAUUCUCUGAUGCUGAUGGGGUUUAAAUUGGCGAAACCAUAUUACUAAAGCCUAACAUAACCCAGAAAUCCAACUCCGUUGGCCAUGAGGCUGAAUUUGUGAGUCUGCUCACAACAGUGACAGAACUGUUAUCCACUUUACCCCAGACAGACCGUUUAGCGUCUGUGUUUUUUGUUAGACUGCGAUGCUGUGCACAUUGUUCUUAAGCUAAGCUUCAUUGCCCAAAUCUGCUGUGGCUCCCUGCAUCCUUUUCUUCCUCUUUUCUUUCCGUCUCAUGAUUUUGUUUGGAUACUAGUGUUCACAAGCCUUGUUCACCUAGCCUCCGUGUUUGUCAUACAAAGAGCUUUGAGAGCUUUUAUCUGGUCAUUUGUGCACUUUGAAAAGAAUUCAGAAGCACAAACGCUCAUGUCGUUCAUUAACUCAAGCAGGAUCUCACCUCGUUCGCUCACUGCCGAGUGAACGUCUGGCAGCGAUCCACCCUCAGUGUGAACUUGUAAUAGCGUACUGUGGUGUUCACCCUCGAUCGUGGUUUGUCUGGAUGUCGACCACAGAAGGGAGCGUCUGUUUUCAGAUGGAAAUAUUUCGUAUGUAUUGCCAAUCUGUUUGUGGUCGUGAUGUGUUUGGAUCUCUUGUUGGCCAAAGAGAGAAAGUUUAAUUUUGCAACAUUUAAGGCAGCAGGUGAUUUGGCGUCCUUCCCAGGUGAAGGGUAAUAUAACUCUGAAGGAUCGGACUGAACAGAAAGCAUCAAGGGAGCGCAAGAGAAUAUGAGCUGGACAGGUGACGAGUUCUCUCUCUCUCUAUCUCUCUCUCUCUUCCUCUUUUCCUCUAAAAAGAAAAAGAAAAAACAUUGCUCCUCUGAUUUUGUGUUUGUGUUGUGUGAAAGUUUUAACUGUUUAAGGACAACUCUGUUUUCGUAAAACAAACAAACAAAAAAAAGAACUAAAAACAAGUGGGGAUGCAUCUGCCAGAGAGAUUACUGUAAUCAAGGAAGAUUUGAGAAGCCUUGUUACAUUUACGGGAGAAAACUGCCAACAAGUUCUGGUAUUUGGAGCCUAUUUUAUUCAUUGUUGGUGUGUUGUUGUGCUUAUUGUAAAUAUGUGUCUUUUUGAUUGUCCUUUUUUCCUGUGGGGUGGUGAGGGAUCAAGGCAAGGGCUUGGGUUCACCUGCGAAAGAAAAGAGGGAGAUGAAUACAGAGUAUUUUGUUAUUGUCCAAUCCAAGGGUGACACAGUAUGUAUAUAUCUAUAUUGUAUAUAUGUGAUGGAAAUGCGUUGGCUUUUUGUGUGACACUACCUUUUACCUGUACUAUUGUUCAACAUUCAGUGUUCCAGUGUUUAUAUUCUAUUUUAAUCUUUGUUUUCUGUUUGAUUUUGUCCUGGUCAUUACUUGUAUUUGUUGUUUCCUUUAUUUUCCCCUUUUUGUCCAUUUUGUUAUUGCACGGUUUAUUACUUUUGCUGUCCAAUAAGAUGACACGGCUUCUCUUUGUAUUGGUUUUAGUGCUGUAAAAUAACUCUGAAGUGUCAUUAGGAUUGUCAAUACCACCCCUUCCCCCGAUAUGCAUGAAUGGCACUUAAAGAAAUAAAAUGUUAACUUCACUGUGGAA